AUGACGAGACUACCCCUCCUCCUCCCUCUCCUCUCGCCUCGCAUCGCCUCCCCACCGCCACCCGCGCGCCGCAUCGCCGUAGCCGCCGCGGUAGCAGGCGUCGAGGACGCGGCCAUGUCGGCUGAGUCUACCGGGGAGUACCCGUGCCCAGUGUCCCCUCCCUACCCGGCCGCCUCCAAGGACGUGGAGCUCCGGCGCGCCAUGACCGCUUCCGCCCGCUCCGGCGCCUACUCCUCCGCCACCAUCGUGUUCGAGGACGAGUGGCUCUCCGUAGUCGACAAGCCCGCCGGCGUCUACUGCGAGGCCCUCCUCUCCGCCCUCCCCUGCUCCACCGAAGCUGCAGGGAAUCCUUCAAAUAGACCUAACCUUCACCUUGCCAACAGGCUGGAUCGUGAUACUAGUGGUCUCAUGGUCAUCACCAAAUGCAACAAGGUUGCAGGUAAGCUGGUGAAGGCCUUUACUGAGCACAAAGUCAAGAAAACAUAUCUUGCUCUUUGCAUAGGUUACCCACCGUCGUGGGACAAGAUUAAGAUAUGUUCUGGCCAUGGGCGAUCGAAACACGGUGCUUGGCGUGUGUAUGCAAUGUCUGAUGUUGGCCGAACACUGCCAGGGGGGUCCUCUGUAAGGGACAUGAGCACAAAAUUUGAAUUGUUAGGAACCAAUGGUAAAGGACAGUUUAGAGAACCAUCUAAUGUUGAUAGUGAUGAUAUAGAGUUGAUUACUGUGCAAGAGAAGGCGGCUGACCAUACUUCAAACGGUGAUGUGAAGAACGACAUGAUUUUUGUUAGAGCCUAUCCUCAAAGUGGUCGGACACAUCAGAUUCGUCUGCACUGUCAGUACCUUGGGUUCCCUAUCAGAGGGGAUGUAAAGUACGGAGGAGUGAUCGAGUGGAACGAUGUGGCUUGUGAUGGUCAUGCGUUGCAUGCAGAGAGUUUGUCAUUUGUACACCCAGUCACUGAAUUGCCUGUCACAUUCCGAGCACCUCUCCCUUCAUGGGCAAAUGAAGUUAUUUCAACAAUGGGAUGAAAUACCCUGGAGCCUAUUUGUGAUGCAUGGCUCUCCAGUUUUACUGAAAGUUUCGACAAUGUUUAACUGACAGAAGCACCUCUUGGAUGUCCUCACAGAGAGCAAUACUCGUCAGUGAUCAUGGGAAAGAGAAUUCUAACACUUUUUUUGUGGCUCGAUAGUAGCUUUAUGGGUGAACAAUCCUGGACAUAUGUAAUUAAUGAU